CUCUCUCAUACCUUCCCAAUUUCAUAUCAUAUUGGCUCAACUUGUGUCUCCAACCAAUCCAAAACCUUAUAUAAAGACAUCAAAAAGUGCAAAAACCCAUAUCCAGCUCUUAAUCACACCAAGCUUCUCUUCAUGUGUCGUGUCGGGUCCUAGAAGAGAUGGAGUUUUUCCAUGCCCAUCAUCACCUGAAGCCAAAACAGAAGCAGCAGCAGCAGCCAUCGUCGUCCAAACAGGUCGCCACGAAGAGGCUCUCCCCAGACCAAGUGAGGCUCCUGGAGCGGAGCUUCGACUCCCACAAGAAGCUCGACCCAGACCGCAAGCUCCAGCUCGCGGCCGAGCUCGGCGUCCCGCCCAGGCAGGUCGCCAUCUGGUACCAGAACCGGCGCGCCCGGUGGCGGACACAGACCAUCGAGCUCGACUGCAGCGCCAUGAAGCUCGAGCUCGACGGCGCGCUGGCCGAGAAGCGGAGGCUCGAGCGGGACGUCGCAUCGCUCCGCCAGGAGCUCGACAAGGCUCGGGAGAUGCUCGACGCCGCUCAUGGCAAUGGCCGGGACCGUGGCCGGGACCGCGGCGAGGGUGGCAACGGCGCCGUUCCUGAGGUUCCGAUGAGCUGCGUGUUCAACGAGGACGACGUGAAUUGGUGCGAUUGGGACGAUGGCAAUGAGGUCCUGCGGAUGGAGGAUGGCGAUGGCGACGACCUCCACGCCUGUUGGAUGUUGACUAACAACGGGUCGCGCUCGGAUUGAGGAGAGAGAUCGAUUGUCGUGUGUCCAAGUUGAUCCUAAAGUAAUUAAUGUCGGACCAUAUUGACCAAUGUUCCCUUGAUGUAAUUGUACUUUCUAUUGGAACGAAAGGUCAUCUUCAUGUAUGUUCUAACGUCAAGCUAAGUUUUUCCGCGCA